GAAACCAAGUUUAAGAUAUAUAUAUAAAUAUAAAAUGGAUGACAAUAUGGAGGCUGGUUUAUGUUAUUGUCACUUGAAUAUACUAUAUGUUCAUACACUAAACGAACUCACACUAAUAGCAUUACUCAAAAAAAAAAGCAAGCUAUAGAGUAUUCAAAUAUCAAAAGCAAAGAAGAUUCCACUGUGUUUUUCCUUUGAUGUACGCGGCUUUAGAGUUCACAUAGUUGGUCUCAUCUUUCUAUUAAUAAGAACCACUGUAAGGAAAUCUCUCACUCUCUCACUGUAAGGCAUGGGGAACUGUUUAUUCGGAGGGUUAGGCAACGUGGAAGAGUACUUACCUACCAAAGUCAUAAAACCGGACAGUGGAGUUCUAGAGUUCUUCUCCCCCAUCGCAGCAGGCUCCAACGAGUUGAAGACUUCUGUCGGAAACUGUCAUGUGAGAUCCAACAGCGAGUCCUUGCCAAUGAUAACUCCGUAUGGAAUGUCUCUGGAUUACAACCACAGAGUGUUGAAGAGAUCGUACACAAACGUAUUUUCAAGAAAGACCCGACAUAAGGAGAAGAAGAAGACGAGGAAGCGCAUGAGAAACAAAGGUGAUAUAUGGAAAGUGAAGCUGGUCAUAAACACGGAAGAGCUGUUGCAGAUAUUGUCCGAAGAGGGAAGAACAAACGAGCUUAUAGAGAGUGUAAGAGCCGUCGCCAAGUGUGAAAACUUUGUCGCGUCCGAGAUGAACUUGUCGGUGGUAAAGGUCUAAAUUUUUAUAUUUAUGGUAGAUCUUCAUCUACAUUAUUUAGAUGUUGUGGUUUAUGAGUUUACUUGGCAAGUUGCCAUUAACCCCAAAAAAAAAAAGUUGCCAUUAACCCCAAAAAUCUUCUACGUGUGUUAUUUGACUCUAGUCUAUGAUCAGUCAAUUUUAAUAUAUAAAGUUGUAUGUGUUUAAUGUGAGUUUGGUAUGUAAGAUAAUUAUAGUUUAUUAAAUUUUAA